AUGACGGUUGUCAAGAACCCAGGAGCGGGCGCGAGCUCGUCUGCCCCUCCCCCGCCACCACGACGGCCCAGCGAUCUGAACCUCGACAGGACGGACAGCCAAGAAGUUCCCGACGCCCUCGUCUCUGACGGAUUCAGCUUGCCCUCGCUGGAGGCCGAGACCGAGGCCCCACCGGCCUAUGGCGACCUUCCCGACCAGCUGCAGUUCAACCAGGCGGGCUUCGAAGCCGGCGCCAAUGUCACAGGCGAUGGCCGAGUCAACAUCAACAUCAACCAGAGCGGCAACCGCCUGGCCGAGAUCCUCGCCCCGACGCUACGAAACCAACUCCUCGCCGACAAGCGACCGCAGGCGCCCCUGCCUCCCGCCUACAUCCCCCCGAGUCUCGGAGGCCAGCCGGGCCAGACCCCUCCCCCGCAGCUCAACGUCGUGAUACAGAUCGUCGGCUCACGAGGCGACGUCCAGCCCUUUGUCGCUCUCGGCAAGGUGCUGAAAGAUACCUACGGCCACCGCGUGCGGAUAGCCACACACGCGACGUUUCAAAAGUUUGUUGAGGAGAAUGGGCUAGAGUUCUUUUGCAUCGGUGGCGACCCCGCCGAGCUCAUGGCUUUCAUGGUCAAGAACCCCGGUCUGAUGCCUGGCUUCGACACCCUUAAGAGCGGAGAGGUCAGCAAGCGCCGUAGGGGAAUUCAGGAUAUUCUUCUCGGGUGCUGGCGCUCGUGUAUCGAGGCGGGCAACGGGUUGGGGCCGCCGCCGAAACCGCAUGCCAAGGAUCAACCGUUGGACGAGCACUAUGGAAUCCCUGGCGAUCCCACGCAGAAGCCCUUUGUGGCCGAUGCCAUCAUUGCGAACCCACCAAGCUUCGCGCAUAUCCAUAUCGCGGAGAAGAUGGGAAUUCCUUUACACCUCAUGUUCACUAUGCCGUGGACGCCUACGCGCGCCUUUCCUCACCCGCUGGCCAACAUUCAGUCGACAAAUACCGACACGGUCAUGACCAACUAUGUUUCCUACGCGCUGGUUGAAAUGAUGACAUGGCAAGGCCUGGGCGACGUCAUCAACCGGUUCAGAGAUAAAGCGCUGGACUUGGAGCCCAUGUCACUGAUUUGGGCACCGGGCGUGUUGACGAGACUGAGGAUCCCCUAUACAUACUGCUGGUCUCCGGCACUGAUUCCCAAGCCGAAUGACUGGGGCCGCGAGAUCGACAUCUCAGGAUUCUACUUUUUGAACCUGGCCUCGGCAUUCACCCCGGAACCUGAUUUGGCAGCGUUUUUGGCUGCUGGGCCUCCUCCCGUUUACAUCGGAUUCGGCUCUAUCGUAGUUGACGACCCGAAUGCCCUGACCAGGAUGAUCUUCGACGCUGUUCAUCAGACGGGUGUGCGCGCGCUGGUCUCCAAGGGCUGGGGCGGCCUAGGCGCGGAAGAUGUUGGACUUCCGGAAGGUGUCUUCAUGCUGGGCAAUGUACCCCACGACUGGCUGUUCAAGCACGUGUCGGCAGUUUGCCAUCAUGGCGGUGCAGGUACUACUGCCGCAGGUAUCCAGGCAGGCAAGCCUACCAUCAUUGUGCCAUUCUUUGGUGACCAGCCGUUUUGGGGAGCUAUGGUCUCGAGAGCCGGUGCUGGUCCGGACCCCAUUCCCUACAAGGAACUCACUGGAGACAAGCUUGGCGAAGCCAUCACAUUUGCCAUCAAGCCCGAAACCCAAGCUAGAGCCCAGGAGCUUGGUCACAAGAUUCGCGAGGAGAAGGGUACUGAUUUAGGUGGUAAGAGUUUUCACGAUCACUUGGACACCGACGAACUUAGGUGCUCUAUUGAGCCUAGUCGGGCAGCUGCUUGGCGUGUAAGAAGGACAAAGGUCCGUUUGAGUCCCAUGGCUGCUGCAGUGUUGGUGGAGAGAGGCUUGAUUAAGUACUCCGAUCUCAAGCUCUAUCGGCCCAAGGAAUACAUCACGGAGGGCCAGCCGUGGGAUCCUAUUUCUGCAGUUUCAACAUCGCUGGUCGCAGAUAUUAGCAGUAUCGGUAUGGCUGUGGCCGAUUUUCCCCGAGAGCUGUUCAAGAGUCGCAGCAAAGGAGACAAGACCCCUGAGCCUACAACACCUGCCCUAACGGAAGCUUCCUCAAGCAAGCAGUCUCUACACCAGACCUCAAGCAAGCAGUCUCUACACCAGACCUCAAGCAAGCAAUCUCUACAUCAGAGUGAUAAGGCAUCAAUUGCGGCUCCAAGCACGCACGCUUCGGAGUCCUCGACGCAACUAGGCCUCAUGGAAAUGGAGGGCUCUACCCCGACGUUGCCGCAAUCUCCACAGCCGGAUACGGCGUCUUUAACACAAUCCCAGACGGCUUCCACUGCUCCCUCUAUGGUCUUCAGCCCCCCUGAUGGUGCGUCGAUUGCUCGCAGCGAGACCACGCCUUCAGAGCAUGCGUCGACGACUCAAUCAGUGAGGCCACCCAACAGUCCGGGAAAGAGGUCGUUCAAAGAAUCGAUGCCUGCGAAUGUGGGCGUUGACGCCGCCGUGGCAGCUGGAACGAGUGUUAGUCGCAUCGUUACUACCGGUGUGAAGACACCGAUGAAUGUGUGCCUCGGCUUGGCACGGGGUUUCCGGAAUGCCCCUCGAUUGUACAACGAUGACACCGUCCGACCGCCCGAGAAGGUGACGGACUUGGCAAGCGGUAUCAGAAUCGCUGCCAAGGAAUUCGGCUACGGCAUGUUUGACGGCAUCGGUGGACUGGUCACUCAGCCGCUGAAGGGUGCCGAGAAGGAGGGUGGGAUAGGCCUCAUCAAGGGCUUCGGCAAGGGCAUUGGUGGCUUGAUUCUCAAGCCUGCAUCUGCUGUAUGGUCUGUCCCCGCGUAUACCAUGCAAGGUGUCCAUGCUACCCUCCGCAACGCCUUUUCGAGUAGCGUCCAGAACUACAUCAUUGCGUCUCGUAUGAAGCAAGGACAAAUGGACAUGGAUAGUGCCGGUGUCGCGGAACGCGAAGACGUCGUUGCGCGUUGGAACAAUGUCAAGUUUGACCUGAAAAACUUCCAGGCCAUGAAGUUGAAGGAGCAGCGAGAGAAGCAGAGGGCUGAAGGGGAAGGACCCUACGAACAACCCGAGAAGAGUCUCACGGCCCCGGUCACGGGUUGGGCCCACACGAGAAAGUUGUCCUUUGAGGAAAGGAAACAACUCCAUGCCCGGAAAGAAGCGUGGAAGAAGGGUCAUGUCGAGGCCAUUGUCCCUGCCUCAAGGUCUGAUCUGUCGCUCUCGGAGCCUAGCUCAACGAGUGCCGCCGAGGACGAAGAGUUUGAGCGCGCCAUCCGCGUAUCUGUCGCCGAGACUUCGCGUGGCAACGCCGAAGAAGACGCUGCGGUCGAGCAGGCCAUCCGCGCAAGUGUUAACCACUUCCGAAGCUCCGGAGUCCCAGACAUACGGGCCGAGAAGGCUGCGUCUCAUGCCAGAGACGAAAAGAACCUGGACCAAGACCCGUUCACGAGUGCCGAGCUGGAGAUCACGGAUGAGGAAUACCAGCGCCUCAUCGAGCAGGCCAUCAACCAAAGCAUGUCGCUUAAAGCUGCGGGUGUACAACCGGGCGAGGGAUCACACGGCGACGACGAAGAAUUCCAGCGCGCCCUUGAGCAAUCCAAGAUUGCCCAGCAGCAGCAGCCCCCGGCACACGAAGACGACGAGGAGCUGCGGCGGAUCCUGGAAGAGUCCAAGAGGCAGCACGCAGAGGGAAACACAAACGAGGAAGAGGAACUCCGCAAGGCGAUUGAGGCGUCGGAGGCUGCGCACAGGGAGCAGCAGAACAAGGACGCCGCGGCGCGGACGGAGGAGGAUGUCGUGAUGGAGUAUGUCAAGAAGCAGAGUCUCGCCGAGGAGGAGUUCCGGCGGAAUGCGUCAAAGGGUAAGGCGCGCGAUGUUGCGGCGGAUGCUGACGACGACGAGGACGAGGAACUGAGGAGGGCGAUGGAGGAGAGUUUGAAAAUGAGUGGGCGACCUGGAGGGUCGAGUUCCUACCAGUGA